AUGGACCGCGUCGUCUGUGCGAGUAUGGGUGGCUGCGUGCGUCCACUUGCGUCCUGUGUCCUGGUGCUCGGGUGGGCCGACGCGCGCUGGAGGGGCCAACUGUUCAUGCUGUCGUCGUCAGAUCCGGCUGGCUCGGCCGGCGCACCUUGGGGCGCUGCCCGCGCCGCGGGGCAUCCCCGCCAUGUUGUAUGCACACGUCCUGUAUUGGGCUUUGGAAAAAGCGGCAGCCUUGGUGGACUCCAAAAAUUGGUGUCCAGCGUGCAUGAUUCAUCGGACUCGAAAAUGACACGAGUCCCUGCCGUGCUCGCGGCCCGCCAGGCGGGCACUCAUCUCCGGGCUCUUGCGUCCGUCGGCCCACCCUCGCUCGAAAGACCGUCGCAGAUGUCCCCUGAUGUCCCCCACCCUCGCCGAAAUUUGGGCGCAUUGAUAAAGCGAUAUUCAGCUCGACGCAAUACUCCUGAUCCAUCUCGCAUCUCCUUCGAGUUCAUCUACUCUCUAUGGGUAGAGGUGCCUGAUGGAACCUACAAACACAUCAGUUCAGCCAAUGGAGCUUGUUCGCAGUGGAAAAUACGGAAGGACUUACCAUUCGAACGAUUGAGGACAGUGAUUUUCGAACACUUGCCGGGUUUGAAUCAGGAUCCGGAACUAGCACAAUUCUUGAAGACUGCCGACGGCGACAAGAGAAUUGUCUGGCGUGGCUGUCCCAGUCACUCCAUGAUAGAAAACGAUUAUCACUGCAUCACAGACAACGAUAGUUUCCGAGAAUUCUUGGAUAGAGAGCAGGCUACCACUCAGAAUUGCAUGGCCUCAGAAUUGCCAAAGAUCCAAUUCCUACUGGUCAAGCCCCUGAGCCCAACCAAUGCAACUCAUGCCAGAUCCCCCAUGACCUUGAAUGAAGCAUCUGGAUCGCGGACGACUGCGGCCCCAGAAGCUACAACAACGCCCGGCGAACGGCCAGCGAGCAGAGCUGGUCAAAAUGCGGCAUCCUCUACAGACCAACCGCGGCCUUCUAAGCGACCGAGACCGAGUGAUCUGGACCCUCGGACAUUCGACCCAGCCGCGCUCGAGAUGGAAGACUUUCUCAAGCUCUGCCACAUCCCGCUCCACGAUGAGCACACGCGCGAGCUCAUCACUAUCCAUCGGCUCCACCAUUGGACGGUCUUCAAUUACCUGUCCGUGUACGACAUGAAAGCCGUCGGCUUCUCCCUCGGCCCCGCUCUCCUCAUCAACGCCGGUGUCGCUCACGUUAAUCGGCAAGUGGCACGCCAACCGGCGACCAGCUAA